CGGAUGAACGCCGGAUUAGUAUUUGCAUUUAGCCGUUAGUCAUACUUAUGACUUCCACUAGCAGAGGUCAUCUUUUACCAACAAAAAGUCACGAAAUUAAACAAAUUGCGUUAUUUAAAUUUACAACCAAAAAAAAACGAUAUUUCUCUAUCGUAAAUAUUAUUAUCAAUAUUAAGUACACUCGCCCGUUUGCAUUUACUUAUCGCCUUUUUUUUAUUUCGCCAAUAAUAAAUUUUCAAUUCCUGUUAGCGGUGGCAGUUAGUAGAUAUUAAAUAUGCUUUUGCGAAAUCGUUAAUUCACGUAUUUCGUUUUGUAACCGGAUACGAGAACCAAAUAUCGUAAGCGAAUUCAAUAUGAAGAGAAAAAUGAAACUGGUCCCCGGCCCCUUACCCCCGAUACCAACCACGACGUCUGGGUCGCUGCCCUUAGGCCUCCCGUUCAGCCCGGACUUACUGUGGGGCAGGUACCCACUAAGCUUCCCGUCUAUGGGAGGCAGCCAUCCCUCCUCCCCCCUUUGGGACUACAAGAGUCAACUUCCCGGAUCGUUGUCUUCUGAUCCGCGCAUGUGGAGCAGGGAAGAUGUCGCUAUAUUUCUAAGGUGGGCAGAACGGGAGUUCGACCUACAGCCGAUUGAUAUGGAUAUGUUCCAGAUGAACGGGAAGGCGAUCUGUCUGUUAACUCGUACGGAUUUGUCGGAACGUGCUCCCGGAUCUGGAGAUGUUUUACAUAAUGUUUUGCAAAUUUUGAUGAGGGAUGCUAAUAAUUUGCGACUGCUACCGAACAGCCCGAUAACCCCCACCUCACGCCACGCGUACCCACUCUCCCCGCACCCCACUUCGGCACCGACGACCCCCUCCUGGAAUCUCCCGAUCACGUCGCAACCGUCCAGCGACUACCAUAACAGCCACGCGGCCAGUUUAGCUGCGCACAUCAUGGCGCAGAGCAACAGCGUCACCCUAAGCCCCGCCCCGUCCGUGGACAGCCAAUCGGGAAGCCCGAACCAUCCCGAUGCGCCGAUGAGCUUCGGACAUAGCAUUUUUAGCGCGAACGGCGGCAGCAGUUCAAAUGGGAGCAAUUCGAAUCCCAGCGACAGUGACGAGGAUGAGAAGUUCAUCGAAACGAAGAACGGUUACGUGGGGAGUCCUCCAAAUACCCCCGGUUACAUGAACAUGCCGCAGAUCUCGUUUUUGACGCCACGCAGUCCGAAACAGAUGGAGAAUCUGGGCAGUCCCGGGAUUUAUAAGAGGGAGUUCUUUGGAAGCGCUGAAGGAUCUGAGCCUAAUACCAAUGGUCGUCUCCUGUGGGACUUUUUGCAACAGCUGCUCAACGAUCCGGCACAGCGGUACACGAGUUAUAUCGCCUGGAAAAACCGAGAAACUGGUGUUUUUAAGAUCGUAGAUCCGCCCGCGUUAGCGAAACUGUGGGGCAUCCAGAAGAACCACUUGUCGAUGAACUACGACAAGAUGUCGAGGGCGUUGAGGUACUACUACAGGGUCAAUAUUUUGAGGAAGGUGCAAGGAGAACGGCAUUGUUACCAAUUCCUGCGUAAUCCUGCCGAACUAAAAAACAUCAAAAACAUCUCGCUGCUACGACAACAAAUGUCGCCGACGGCAACGAAAUCGACCCCCGCCCAAAUUCAAAUCAUCCCCCAAAUAACGAUAAAACCGGAACCGAUGGAACAACAGCCGCAACAACAACAACAUGAACAACCGCCUCCAAUGAUGCCCGCCGCGGUACCGUCUCACAUCAAACUGAGCGAGCAAGUGCAAAAGCAGAGUAUAGCAGCGUUGGCGCAAAACGUGGCCAACUCACAGCAAAUGAACGAGGAGAGGCUCUAUCAUCACUCCUCACAGCCGGAGGAUAAACCGACCGAUUUAAGUAUGGACGGUCCUACGGAUUUGAGUAGCGGGAGUAAGAAAGUGAGUAUCGUGUGCUCGCCGGAUCAGCCACCGUUCGGAGGAGGAGGGCGCUAGUAGGUUUAAGUGAGGAGUGUGAUACGGUAUGAGCGAGAAUGUUUUUAUAGCUUUAAAGACUUUUUUUUUUGGGAGAAUUUGUUUGUUUAGUUUUACCCUUGUGCCAAUAAGAGUUAAAAAGUGCAAGAAAGGUGAUGAUUAUUUGUUUCGUCGUGUAUAUAAUAGAGUUUAGGAUGUUUAUUAUUAUUAUUUUUAUAGUGCAAUUUGUUUGUUUUUUUCUCUUGAUUUACGUGCCAAACUAAUUUAAUAAUUUUUUUUUUGUGCAAGUCUGGCAGCUUUAACUACUUGUAAUCGAAAAGAAACAACGACAAUAACAAUGAAAAUUUAAUGUACAAAAAAGGAAAAGAGACAGACUGGGAAUCUUUUGAUUGAAUUCACUAUUAUAUUAGCAAAAAAAAAAGAAAUAGGAACAUUCCAUUGAAAUUUUUGUGGAUUCAAGAUUAAUGUUCAUCAUUAAAUACUGGGUUUAAUAAUAAUUAUAUCGCCCCGUAGAUUUAAGUGAAAUGUUCUCUGUGAUCUCUUCACAUAUUAACUCAGACCUGAGUGUGAUUUAUAAGAAAAAAAAUUUAAAUAUUUUUAAAAAGUUUAUAAUAUUUACAAAAAUUUAAGGCAAGAUUUUAGGGUUUUACGAGGAUGUUCUGAUAAUACGCAUGUAUAUAGAUUUGUUAUAAGUGAUUUAAAUAAAAUAAAGAUAAUUUCUUUUAUAUUAAAAUAUGAA